AUGUGCGGUGACAGCCCAACAAUCCUCUCGGCGACACACCUUCAAUCCUCUCGCGGUACACCAUUGUUCGGUGACACACCAACAAUCCUCUCGGCGACACACCUUCGAUCCUCUCGCGGGGCGCUAAUUUGCGGUGUCACACCAAUAAUGCUCUCGGCGACACACCUUCGGUCCUCCCGCGGUACACCAGUGUGCGGUGACACACCAACAAUACUCUCGACGACACACCUUCGAUCCUCUCGCGAUACACCAGUGUGCGGUGGCACACUAACACUCGACGACAAUCGAUCCUCUCGCGACGCAGUGUGCGGUGACACCAACAACCUCUCGACGACAUACCUUCGCGAUACACCAGUGUGCGGUGACACACCAACAAUCCUCUCGACGACAUACCUUCGAUUCUCUCGCGGUACACCCGUGGCACCAACAGGAUCUAUCUAUCUAUCUAUCUAUCUAUCUAUCUAUUUCAGCCUUUUAUCUAUCUAUCUAUCUAUCUAUCUAUCUAUCUAUCUAUCUAUCUAA